AUGGUUCAAACCGCUCUACUAGCGUCGGAACCCCCUAUUGAGCAACUAGCCUCAAAAGCGGACGAGAUCAUAGCCAUCCAGACUACUCCCACAAGUUUCAGCUUCCUGCAUCACCCCGGUUCAACCGCGAUCGUGGACGAGGGCUACGCGCCCCAGUACGUCACACCUACAGCCGCCGCCGUUCCCCGACUCCAGCAGGGCGCGUUGGUGCAAACCCCCUUGCUCGUGGCCGGGAAACGGGGCACCGCGGGAACUAGUAGCGCCCAUCUCUCGCGGCUCCAGACGCCUACUCUACGUCCGCGACAACAAUUUUCCCCCGCGGUUCUUGGUGGACACAGGAGCGGAAGUCAGUCUCAUUCCCGCAUCCCUCAAAGACAGACAAUUGCCUGCUUCUCGCAUAUUUGGGGGCUGCCAACUGUUUUGCCCCUCAACGUAUACGGUGAGUGCUCAUUGACCCUCCUUUUCAGCGGCACUCCGCACUCGAAGCUGACAUGGGUUUUCCUUGUCGCCGACGUACAGCAGCCGAUCCUCGGAGCUGAUUUCCUGGCUCACCACGGAUUCACGGUGGACCUUAGGCGGGAGUGCCUUGUGCACAGUCAGGGACCCGCACCUACGCCCGUCGGCCCUGCAGCCAGUGGGCAUCUCCCUGCACCUUUUUUCGUAAGAAGGACGGCGACUGGCGUCCCUUUUGGGGGUUAUCGUCCCUCAAUACAGCCACCGCACCGGACCGCUACCCCUCCCGCACCUCCACUCCUUCACACGGGAGCUCUCGGGGUGCACGAUUUCUCUAAAAUCGACCUCGUCAGAGCGUACCACCCAAAACCCCAUCGCCAAGGAGGACAUUUCCCCAAGACAGCUGUGACCACGCCCUUCGGCCCGUACGAAUUCCUGCGAAUGCCGUUCGGACUCCGCAACGCCGCCCUGACCUUCCAGCGCUUCAUGGACGUUGUCCCCGCGGCCUACAGGGCGUCUUCGUCUACAUUCGACGAUAUAAUCAUCGCCAGCAGCAACAGUGAGGAACACCAGCAGCACCUCCGGGCCCCUUUGACCGCUUGCAGGGAGCCGGAGUCGUCAUCAACCCUGGUAAGAGUCUUUUCGGAGUCUCCUUCUCACCUUCUAGGUCACACGAUUACCGCCGACGGUAUUACCCAGCUCAGGAGAAGGGCAGCAGUAUCAGGCAGUUUCCCCAAGCCAACAAUGAAGACACAGCUUCGGAAAUACCCCAGCAUGAUUAACUUCUUCAGGAGGUUCAUCCCGAAGUGUGCACUUCUUCGGCACCUCUGCAACGUCUCCUCCGCUCCAUCCCGGUCGGGACGCGGCAGAGACGUUACUUGGACCUUUGAGGCGAUCGAAGCUUUUUGGGCUAGCAAGGACGCCUUAGCCUCGGCGACCCUCCUCAACCCCCCGCAGCAGGGAAGCAAGGCUCAAUAUAGCCGUCGACGCCUCGGACACUGCCAUGGGAGCAGUUUGCAACAAGAUUCAGGUAAAAGGGUUGGCAACCCCUGCUUUCUUUUUACGGACUCUCAGCCCACAACAAAAAGGUACAGUGCUUUUGGCAAGGAGCUCCUUGCGUUCACCACUGACAUACCAAAACAUCUGGGGCACCAACAACCAGGCUUUCAGACGCCUAUCCAGGGUCUCGAUAUCCAUGGACCCAUCCGCAGCAAAGUCGUCUGGCCCGGCAUCAAUAGAGACGUCCGGCAGUGGUGUCGCACCUGCAUCGAAUUUUCAACGCAGUAA